GAAACUGGCCCGGGGAAUGUCACUGGCUAGAAGCACUUUCUUCCUGUUUCACUUCAGCUAGCUAACUUCGAUUUAUUCCUUGUCAUUUUGUGAGUAUUGGAGAACAUUAGCUAACAACGUUAGCUCCACAGCUAGCGAGCUACUUGCCAGCUGGCACGCAUCUCACGACCCCGGGCUUCGUGUCGAGGUGGGGAGCACAUCUAAGAGCCGGUGUGUUUCCAGGUGUGGAGCAUGUGGACGUCCUGCUGUAACUGGUUCUGUCUGGACACUGCCAUGGUGGAGGAGAGCAACAGCAGCACGCGUCACCAGGCCUAUACUAACUCAGGCUACAACAGCUACCCGUCGCCCCCACUCCCGGAACACACGUGCAAAGCCUGCGGAAGCCGCUUCGUCACCUUAGCCAGAAAGCAUGUCUGCGUGGACUGCAAGAAGAACUACUGCGGUAGGUGUUCGGCCCAGCUUGAGCCCCGGCCGCGCCUUUGCCAUACCUGCCAGCGGUUCCACGGCACGCUUUUUGAGCGAACCGAGCUGAUGAAGCUCAAGGUGAAGGACCUGCGCGACUACCUCCACCUGCACGAGGUCUCAACGCAGAUGUGCCGUGAGAAAGAGGAACUGGUGGAGCUGGUCCUGGGACAGCAGACACAGUCACCCUCUGACCCAAUCAUAAACCCUCUGACCCAAACACAGACCCCCACCGCGACCCAGCAUGAGACAACUCCUCCUCCAGCCCCCACCACCACCCCCACACACCCCGACUCCACAUCCACCUCCACAGACCAUGUCCCUUCACAGCCGCCACCCACUCAGGAGGACAGUCAGACCCCGUCUGUGUUGGUGCCCUCGGGUCCUGAGGAGCCACUGGACACUGAGGGAGAUGCAGAGCUGCAGGGAGAGACAGAGCUACAGUCCUCAGACACAGAGGAGGUGCUGGCGCCAGGCCGCAGGGCGUCGCUGUCAGACCUGGCCACGGCGGAGGACAUCGAUGCCCUCAGCGUCCGGCAGCUCAAGGAGAUCCUGGCCCGUAACUUUGUCAACUACAAGGGCUGCUGCGAGAAGUGGGAGCUAAUGGAGAGGGUCACCCGUCUCUACCACGACCAGAAGGAGCUCCAGAAUCUGGUUUCAAAUACAAAUGACGGCACAGACCCCAGUGGUACACCUGGCCAGGAGGAGAACCUGUGUAAGAUCUGCAUGGACUCUCCUAUUGACUGUGUCCUGCUGGAGUGCGGCCACAUGGUCACCUGCACCAAGUGUGGCAAGCGGAUGAACGAGUGCCCCAUCUGCAGGCAGUAUGUGGUGCGCGCCGUUCACAUCUUUAGAUCCUGAGACCCAUGCCUUGGGAACCCCCCCCCUCCAAACACACACCUCCAGUAAUUAAACAAGGGACUUGCUACAUGUGGCCUUUACCACCCAUAUACUAUACCGGAGCCUUCUGGUUUUCUGUUGUACCUGAUACAUAAUUGCACCUACCUGGUGUCCAAGGUUUAGAUCAGUCUGUGAUUAGAGGGGAAAAAUGAAGAAAAAAAAAGCAGUGGAACUGGCUUCUAGGUCCAGAGUUGAGUUUGAGGGAACUAGUCCAACCUCCUCUCCCUCCAGAUCUCCACUGCUCUGAUGGUCCUGGAGACCCCGAGUACUGGUUCCCCCUGCUGGAGGGAUGACCAGGGGAGGUGAACCCCAUUAUCCCUUUGUUAAACCAAUAAACCACACAAACCCAA